AUGCGCAGACCUGUGCUCCUUUUCCUCAUCCUCAACCUUGCCAUCGUCGCCUUUCUCAUCCAUUCGGUCUGGACCCUGCUAUCUCUCCUAGUCGUCGACGGCUCUGAAGAUGCAAUCUCGCGUGCCGAGCUCCCUGCUCCUGGCUCCGAUCUGAUCGACGGUCGCCCACAGAUGAUCCCCAAAAUUAUUCACCAAACAUACAUCAACGAGAGCAUUCCAGAAGUCUGGCAGGAACCUCAAAAAAGCUGCAUCGAAUUGCACAAAGAUUGGGAAUACAAGCUGUGGACCGAUGCUGCCUCACGCGAAUUCAUCGCUGCAGAGUAUCCUUGGUUCCUCGAGACCUUUGACAACUACGAAUUCCCAAUUCAGCGCGCUGAUUCGAUCCGCUACUUUGUGCUUGCCCACUACGGUGGUAUCUAUCUCGACCUCGACGAUGGCUGCAACCGUCGUCUUGACCCUCUGCUUUCCUACCCGGCUUGGUUGCGCCGCACUCUGCCUACUGGUAUCUCCAACGAUGCAAUGGGUUCUGUCCCUCGUCACCCUUUCUUCAUGCGUGUCAUUGACGACCUACCUCGCUACAACCGCAAGUGGGUUUUGCCGUACAUUACCGUCAUGGCUUCGACUGGUCCGCUCUUCCUGAGCAUCAUUUGGCGCCAUUGGAGCUCCGAAGGGCUCAAUGAUGGCGAUGGUCUCGAUGGAGGCAGAGUUCGAAUUUUGUUCCCUGACGAGUACAACAACCACCCCUGGAGCUUCUUCACUCACCAUCUUGGCAACUCAUGGCAUGCAGGCGAUGUCAAACUCAUCUUCUGGAUGCUGAAACACUGGGUGAUGCUCACCGUCAUUGGCUUCCUGACAGCAGGCGUUGUCUUUGCCGUUUCUUACUACCUCUACAACCGCUUCUUCGUCUCCCACAGGCCUUGGCCCGUGUCGGUGCGCAAACGCUUCCCCAUGGGCUUGUUCAGACGCCUUAGCAGCGGUAACGUGACAUCGAAGCAACGACAAUCUUAUGAGCUCGUCCGACGUGACGAGGAAGACGCCAUGUAA